ACACUCUUCUAUUUUUCUUUUUCCUCCUUCUUCUUCUUCUUCUUCUUCUUCUUGAUCUUCCUUUCCUAACGGCAACGUCCAUUCAUGGUUCCCGCCAUUCUUCUCUCCCGAUGGAAACCCUAAUUCCACACUCUCGAAUACAGGGAGGAAGAUUGCUCUAAAUUUCUGGGUUUUCGUUAAAGGUUAGGAUUUAUGUCCCACAAUCAAUCAAGGAGUGAGAGGAGUGAGUCUACACAGUACAGGAAAACCGGUCGAUCCAAUCAGCAAGCACAGUUCCCGGGCGGCGUGUCCACUAAGGGCGGUGGUGGCGCCUCCUCCGCCCCCUCCAGUCAAGCUAGUCGCAGUUUUAAGAAGUAUAAUAACAAUGCACAAGGAGGGCAGACGAGGGCAAGAAGUCCGAAUGUGGAUUUAGACUCUGAGACUCAUGCUGUACAUCAACAGCAUCCAACUCAUGUGGUAGCUGAUGCACCAGUCACCAGCGUCUCUUCCGGUGUCAAGCUGACAGAUACUCCAACUCAAAAAUUCACUGGAGCUGUUCCAGGAGCUUCGUUGUCUAAUGUUUCAGCUGCAGCUCCAACUUCUAAUGUUUCUGUUGCUUCUUCUGAGUCUGGGACCCCUGCUACACAUGGAAAAGGAGAUGCAUCUAAGUCGUUUCCUUUGCAGUUUGGGUCCAUAAGUCCUGGUUUUAUGAAAGGAGUGCAGAUACCUGCUCGAACUAGUUCUGCACCACCAAAUCUGGACGAACAGAAAAAAGCUCAGGCUCGGCAAAACUCUGUAAGGCUCAACCAAGCGGCAUCAAUUCCCAAGUCGCAUUCGCUGAAGAAUGAUACAGGGAUUCCUGACCAGGCCAAUACUGUUGAGGCUCAACCAGUGUCCAAAUCUAAGAGAGACACACAAGUUUCAGCUGGAGCACCUGUGACUCAAACUCAGAAGCCUGCUGUACAUCACAUCCCUGGCAUGCCCAUGCAACUGCCGUUUCACCAGCCGCAGGUUCCUGUCCAAUUUGGUGGACCAAAUCCUCAAAUUCAGUCUCAAGCCAUGUCAGGAUCAUCAUUACCUCUGCCAAUGCAGAUACCCCUACCUAUAGCUAAUCCUCCAAUGCAGCAACCAAUGUUUAUUUCAGGUCUUCAGCCACACCCUAUGCACUCGCAAGGAAUAAUACAUCAAGGGCAGAAUUUUAACUUUUCAUCACAGAUGGGUCAUCAGCUACCUCCUCAGUUGGGUAGCAUGGGAAUUAAUAUGGCCCCACAGUUUCAUCAGCAGCAGGUUGGUAAAUAUGGUGGUUCUCGCAAAACUGUAAAGAUUACCCAUCCAGAAACUCAUGAAGAGUUGAGGCUUGAUAGCUCACCUGGUCCAAGGUUGCAUCUUAAUGUGCCACCUCAAUCACCGCCAAUCCCCUCAUUUCCGCCUAAUCAUCUAAUGAACUUUUAUCCAAAUUCUUACAAUGCACCUCCUAUCUUUUUUCCUUCUGCGAGCUCCGUUCCUAUGAAUAGCACUCAGGUUCCACCCACUUCUCAGCCUCCAAGGUUCUAUAACAAGGUCACCGUGAAACCACCUGUUGGCUCUCAUGGGGAAAAAGAGUCAUUGCAAGCUGUGUAUUCAAUUUCAGUUGGAAAAACUAAGUCUUUGGAAGUUGACAAUUCAUCUUUGAGCGCUUUACCAGAGUCAAAGUCUCGUUUAGGAACAUCUACAUCUGGCCCAUCACCAGGUUCUAUCAAUGGGGAGAGUGAUGCGCCCAACACUUUAGCUUCUGCAUCUGCUCCUAUAGAUGGUUCUGCAUCAACAUUAAUCAACUCCGCUGAUGAAGAAAGAAAUGGAGUACUUGUGCCUGAUUCCACCAAAGUUAAGCAUGAUAAACCAGUCAAUAGGGGCCAGCAGUAUCAGGUGAACAGGUACCCAGAGUCCCUCUCAAGUUUGCCUUCUCAAUUGUCAGAAGCUGAGGGGAUGAAACCAAAAUCUACCUUGUCUAUAACUAAUUUGGUACCUGCAACUUCUAAGGGAUCAACACCAACAACUGCUGGUACUGCUUCUGAGACUUCUAAUUUGGCAAGUGAGGGUGCUAAAGAAGGAAAGACGGGUGAUACAUACAGAAGUUUAGUCAUGAAAGGAGUAAAUAGCAGACAACCAGAGCCUGAAAUAAUUGGGAGAAAGGAACAAGGAGAAGAUGUAUCAUCCAAAAGUUCAAAAUUCGACAAAAACAGCCUAGAAAAGCCGAUGCAGUCUCUUUCUUUAGAAUCUCCACAAAUCACUGGUAAGGAGAGCUUUAAUCAAGAGGUAACACCCAGCAUUGAUGGUUUAUCAGAACACACAGAAGGAAAGGCCAAAGAAACAUUAGGUUCUCGCUCUGAUGAUCUUAAGAUGACUGAUAAUUUAGUUGCAUCUGCUCACACAGAAGGUGGUGGAGAUGCUCUGAGUUCUGUGUCAGUCAAGGGUUUAUCUGCACAGGAUGACAAAAUUUCUAGUUCAGACACAUUGCAAGGUGUGGGUGAUGGCAUGGGAACAACUGUUGCAAAGUCUGUAGACCAGGAGUCUGCUCCUGUUUUAAUUCCUUCUCAUCCUCAUGGUGCCUCGAUACCUGAAAAUGCAGAUAUUGGCAAUAAUGGUGGUGACUUAGUCUCUCCUUCUUCAACCACUGUCAAGGAUAAAGUCUUGUCAGAUACAAAUGUUGCAAAAAGUGUUGUGCCUAGAGGGAAGAAGAAAAAAAAAGAAUUAUAUAGAAAAGCAGAAGCUGCUGGUACAAGUUCUGAUCUCUAUAUGGCGUACAAGGGACUAAAAGAACAGAAAGAAACUGUAACCUCUGCAGAUAGCACGGAGAAAACUUCAAGCAUUAGCAUGAAACAGGCAUCCGCUGAAGUGACUCAAGAGAAUCAUGUGUCAAUUGAAAAACCUGCUGUGCGUAAAUUGGAGCCAGAUGAUUGGGAAGAUGCUGCCGAGAACUCUCCCCAGUUAGAAACUUCGAAGAAUGAAAGUCAAGGUAUUGAUGGAGAUGGAAAUGGGUCGAUAACAAAAAGGUAUUCUCGAGAUUUCCUCCUCAAAUUUGUGGAGCAAUGCACUGAUCUUCCAGAGGGACUUGAAAUUACUUUGGACAUAGCAGAUGUGUUGAUGAACUCCAGUGUCAAUAUUUUGCGUGAGUCAUACCCUAGUCACGGAAGAAAUAGUGACAGGCCAGUUGCAGGUUCUAGACCAGAUCGUCGUACAGGUAGCUUGGGAGAUGAGGACAAAUGGAGCAAAUUCCCUGGCCCUCUUAUGCCAGGGCGAGGAGAUAUGCGGGCAGAUGUUGGCUAUGUGGGUAACAUUGUCGGCUAUCGACCUGGCCAAGGAGGUAAUUAUGGUGUUCUUAGGAAUCCACGGGCGCAUACACCUGUCCAGUAUACUGGAGGCAUCCUCUCUGGGCCGAUGCAAUCCUUUGGUCCUCAGGGUGGUCUGCAAAGAAAUAAUUUUGAUUCUGAGAGGUGGCAGCGGGGAACUGGUUUCCAGAAGGGCUUGAUGCCUUCUCCUUAUAUACCAGUACCAGUGAUGCACAGAGCUGAGAAGAAGUAUGAAGUAGGUAAGAUUGCUGAUGAGGAAGAAGCAAAGCAGAGACGGUUGAAGGCCAUAUUGAACAAGCUUACUCCUCAAAAUUUUGAAAAGUUGUUUCAACAAGUUAAACAAGUGAACGUUGAUAAUGUUGUUACACUGACUGGUGUGAUCUCUCAGAUUUUUGAUAAAGCUCUGAUGGAACCUACCUUCUGUGAGAUGUAUGCCGACUUCUGCUUUCACCUUGCUGCAGAUUUGCCUGACCUGAGCGUGGAGAAUGAAAAAAUUACUUUCAAGAGACUACUCCUGAACAAAUGCCAGGAAGAAUUUGAGAGGGGAGAAAAGGAGGAGGAAGAGGCAAAUAAAGCUGAGGAAGAAGGUGAAGCUAAACAGACAGCAGAAGAGAGAGAGGAGAAGAGGCUCCGAGCCCGAAGACGGAUGUUAGGUAAUAUUAGACUAAUUGGAGAACUGUACAAGAAGAGGAUGUUGACUGAGAGAAUAAUGCAUGAGUGCAUAAAUAAGUUGUUGGGUCAGUAUCAGAAUCCUGAUGAAGAAAACAUUGAAGCCUUGUGCAAAUUGAUGAGUACAAUUGGUGAGAUGAUAGAUCACCCAAAAGCAAAGGAUCAUAUGGAUGCAUAUUUUGAUAUCAUGGGACAGCUGUCCAAUAAUAUGAAACUAUCUUCCAGGGUCAGAUUCAUGCUGAAAGAUUCCAUUGAUCUGAGAAAGAAUAAGUGGCAGCAGAGGAGGAAAGUUGAAGGUCCGAAAAAGAUUGAGGAGGUACACAGAGAUGCUGCACAAGAGCGGCACGCACAAACUAGCAGGCUAGGCCGUGUUCCGAACAUGGCUAAUUCUAUUAGAAGGGGUCCACCUACAGAUUUUGCUCCUCGAGCUUCUAGUAUGUUAUCUUCUCCAGGUUCCCAGAUCGGCAGUUAUCGUGCUAUCCAACCUCAGGUCCGCAGUUAUGGUUCUCAAGAUGUGCGGGUGGAUGAGAGACAUUCCCUUGAGAACAGGACCAUGUCCGUUCCUCUGCCUCAAAGACCCCUUGGUGAUGAUUCCAUAACACUUGGGCCCCAAGGUGGCCUUGUGAAGGGAAUGGCUUUCAGAGGGCAACCAUCCACACCUAAUGUUCAUUUGACAGAAAUGUCGAGUCAUGGAGAUGCACGGAGGACAGCCCCUGGUGUAAAUGGAUUCAAUUCUGUGCCAGAACGGAAUGCGUAUAGCCAAAGAGAUGAUCUCAUGCCAAGAUACACGCCAGACAGAUUUGAUGCUUCAUCCAAUUAUGACCAAUUACAUUCACAGGAGAGAAUUGUUUCCUAUGGGAACAAGGAGGUUAGAAAUACAGAUCGUGAUUUUGAUAGAUCUAUCCCUACUUCUUCACCUGCUCAAGGUGGCCCCACAGCUAGUAUGCACAAUGUUUCUUCAGAAAAGGUAUGGCCAGAAGAGCACUUACGAGACAAGUCGAUUGCUGCAAUUAAAGAAUUUUACAGUGCAAGAGAUGAGAAUGAAGUUGCUUUGUGCAUCAAGGAUUUGGAUACCCCCAGCUUCUAUCCCUCUAUGAUCUCUCUCUGGCUUAUUGAUUCUUUUGAGAGGAAAGACAUGGAGCGGGAUCUUUUGACAAAGCUUCUUAUCAACCUUGUAAAACCAAAAGAUGGAAUGAUAAGCCAAGAUCAAGUCCUCAAAGGGUUUGAAUCUGCUCUGAGUGUCUUGGAGGAUGCCGUGAAUGACGCCCCCAGAGCAGCAGAGUUCCUUGGCCGUAUCUUCGCAAAAGUCAUCUUAGCGAACGUUGUUUCAUUUUCUGAAAUCGGGCAACUGAUAUAUGAAGGCGGAGAAGAAGAAGGGCGUCUGGUAGAAAUAGGUCUUGCAGCCGAAGUAAUGGGAAGCAUGUUGGACAUGAUCAAAUCCGAAAAAGGCGAUUCCAUGCUCAAUGAGAUCCGGUCAGGUUCUAAUCUGCGGUUAGAGAAGUUCAGGCCUCCAGGCUCUAACAAAUCAUGGAGAAUAGAUAAGUUUAUAUAGAGGAUAGCCAUGCUCCUUGUAUCUAUCUGGUAGGGAAAUUCUUGUCUCAUUUUUUUUAGGUUCGCCAGUUCUAAAUUUUCAGGUAAAAAUUUUUGUUCUGGGCCAAUAUUAGGGGAAAUCUUCGUGUUUUUAUGUUAUUUUGCCAAGAAAUGACUUGCAAAUUAUGAAUGAGCAAUCCACUUAUCUAUUCUUUCUA